GCCGCCAUCGGCACCGGCGGCAUCACCGCCACCAUCGGCACCGCCGCCACCAUCGGCUCCACCGCCACCAUCGGCAUGGCCUUGCGGGCGCUGUGGCUCCUCAGGCACGACCCCGCGGCCGGCGGCGCCGUGCUCUUCUCCAGGCGCUACCCAACAGUUGAGCUGCGCGCCGAGACCUUCAACGGCUCCACGUACGUCCCUGUCCCCUCGGACAGCGCCUUCCUCAAGGCCCUGCUCUUCGAGCUGAGGCUGGUGGACGAGCACGUUUUCGUGGAGCAGCGGGACACCUGCACCCGGAUCAACCAUUCCUGCGUGCAUUCCGUGUCCACCGCCGCAGGGGAGCUCUGGCCCGUGCUGGCCUUCCACAAGAGCGGCCUCAUCUAUGCCUGUGUCCCGCUGGUGGAGGGGACCCUGGAGCCACGGCCACCCCUCCUCACCGUCAGCGGGCUCUCGCAGGGACUGGCUCUGUUGUUGGGCAUCGUGGACUACGUCUCUCCCAGCCGGAAAAACGAGGCUGAGCUGAAUGCAAAGAUCGGGCAUCUCCGAAAUCUGCUGGUCCAGGCCUGUCCCCUGGGCACCCCCCUGAACACCAACAUCCGCAGCCUGAACAGCUCCUUCGAGGACAUCCAGGAGAUGCCUGCAGAUAAGGAUCAGCCAGCCUGGAGAUCCAGCACCUACAAGGGCAAACCUCAGGUUAAUGUCUGCAUCACUGAGAAGGUCAAGUGUAUGCAGUAUGACCAGAGGGAUGUGGUGGACACGUGGCAAGUUUAUGGAGCUGUGAACUGCAAGUGUGACAUAGAGGGAUCUGCACCAAACGUCACCCUCAGCCUGACCCUCCCCACGAACGCGCCCCCGCUCCAAGACAUCGUGGUCCAUCACUGUGUGACUUCUGUGGACCCUGCCAUGCUGAUGUCCACCAGUGUCGAGCCUCUGCAUGAUUCUGUCUACAAUGGGCCUUACAAAUUCCCUUUCAUUCCUCCUUCAGAUUCCUUCAACCUCUGUUACUACACUUCCCAGGUUCCUGUUCCACCAAUUUUGGGAUGUUACCAACUCGUUGAAGAGGGAUCACAGAUAAAAAUAACAGUUAAUUUAAAGCUCCAUGAAAGCAUAAAGAACUCUUUUGAGCACUGUGAAGCUCAUAUACCUUUCUUCAACAGGGGUCCCAUUGCUCAGUUAGAGUCCAAAGUUAGUUAUGGCCAACUGGAUUUAUCCCGGGAGAAGAGCCUUCUGGUUUGGGUCAUUGGACAGAAGUUCCCCAAGUCUUUGGAAGUUUCCCUGACUGGAACUGUGUCUUUUGGCGCCGCAGGCAAAGAGCACCCGAUUGAUUAUGUGUGCACUGGGAACACUGCUUAUGUAAAACUGUAUUUUAGGAUCCCAGACUUUACACUUACUGGAUGUUACGUAGACCAGCAUUCUGUUCAGAUCUUUGUUCCAGGGAAGCCCAAAAUUACUGCAUCAGCAAAAGGGGAGUUUGUGAUUUUGCCCAGGACCCAGCCCCUCCCUGCUGGAGUUGUCCACGUGCCUGGACACCACGGUGCGAGUGGGAAGAGGAGCUCUCUCUGCUGGAAGGGUUUAGAGCGUGUUCCGGACACCAGGCCACGGUCUUUGGCUUCCACCUACCCAUGAGAAAGGUGGGAGCUCUGCUCUGCACAGCAGCACUCUGCAGGAAUGGAUUUUUUUACUCAAAUACCCUCCAGUAAAUUCUGGGAAGCAAUGGCACUACCUAAAUUCAUGGUAUCUUAGGAGAUCCUUUGCACUUAAUAGAAGGGAAUUCUUCUAAAUCCUGAUCCUUUGUUUCCUCUUGUCCAUGUCUGACUCUUUCAUGGUUUAGGGGAGUUGUGGUGCUCAGAAAUGGAGGGCUCUGGCUUUGAUAAGCUAAAAAUGCCAUUUAUUUUACAGAAGCUGUGAAUUGAAAUGAUGAACUGGGCGUAUGAACUGUUAUGCACACACCCAGUAGGGCAGAUUUGGAGGGAGGGAGGGGGAGGUGACAUUUCCAUUCUAGCCCUGAGCAGUUUUUCACAACCUCACAUCAGCCAUCACCUGUUUUGAUUUGUUAUCAAGGUUUGCUCCAUAGUUGCUGCAGUGCUCUGCUCAGGGACAGCUCUGCAGUGAGAAAAGUGGGGGAAGGAGCCCUGUCUGCCUUUUUAAGAGUGGCUGAGAUCUCUCUGCAGAUGUGAGUGUGCAGCACACCCUGUUCUUUGGAAAGCACCAGGAACAGGGAAGGCAGAAAAACACACCAGCACACAGCUUCAGCCAGCAUUGUGCAACCCCUGUGGGACACCCAGUCUGGGGGAGAAGCCAGAGGGAGAGCUUCUCCUGGCCUUUGGAAGGGCCCAUGCUCAUGGAUCCUUCAUAAAUAUUAAUAAGUUAUUAAGUAGUAAACUCAGCUUAGUAGUAAACUCACUAAAUUAGGGGACUCUGGGUAGAUAACACUGGAAGAGUUCAAGGAGUGACAAAUGACAAAAUUUUCUGUGUUUCUCUGUUCCCUCUAGUUGGCCAGAUAAUUUCACUGUUUCUUUACAUGCUCUGACCACUUGUCCUGUUUUCUGAAAGGAGAAAAGUCCUUCAAAACCUAAAUCAGGAAGAUCUAAUGUAGAGCUCACAUGAGCCUGAGGACUCCCAGGCAGAGCUGAUACCUAAGAGAGGUUCUGGUGAGCUCUAAAGGUGAUCAAGU